AUGCCCCGAGCGGGCGCGACCCUCCGCGGGCGGACAAGGCCUGUGGGGCGAGCCGGGGACGCCACGCCUGCCCCGGGGAACCACACAGGCACCUGCAGCCAAGUGAAGCCACCCCCGCAGGGAACCUUCCAAGUCCUUCGUGGCAAUGGCACUUCCGUGGGGACAGUGCUGCUGUUCCACUGCCCCUCUGGCCACCAGAUGGGGGGGUCUGGCCUCGUCACCUGUGCCUGGAAGGGGAGUGUUGCCGAGUGGUCGUCAGGGACACCAACGUGCAAGUCUGUGCCCCCACACGAGACCUUUGGCUUCAGGGUGGCCGUGAUUGCCUCCAUCGUCAGCUGUGCCAUCAUCCUGCUCAUGUCUGUGGCCUUCCUCACCUGCUGCUUAAUGAAGUGUGUGAAGCGGACAGAGAAGCGGCACUCUGACAGGACGGCCCAGCUAUGGUACCAGCUCAGAGGCAAGGACCUGGAGACGCUGCAGGCCGCCUCCCUUGGCCUCAAGGGCCUCAACAACAACAACAACAGCCACCCCAGCUGCCAGCCCCGCUUGGGUGAAGCUGCUUUGCAGGCACAUGACAACCACUGCUUCACCUCAGACCAUGGCAAGGGCACCACAGAGCUGGCCAGCAUGGGCCCCAGCGUGAAUAAGCACCCCUGGACACCUCUGCCCGAUGCUCUGAGCCCCAGUGUCUCCCGGGUGAUGGUGCACAUAGAGAGCCCUGCGCAGACCCUGCCUGCCUCUGGACCCACCCCAGAAAUGCCAGGAAUGCCGGGUCAGGUGUCAGCAAACCUGGGGUAACCUGAGAAGCUGCAGCCGGUACCUGCCUGCCCACUCCACCAGCCUGCCAUCUGGUCUCCACGUGUGUCUAACUGGAAAUGGUGGUGACUUCUCAGGGCUGAGCUGACACCAGAGACUCGGGGCCUCAGUGGGAGUGCUCUGUCCCAAGGGAGCCUGGCUGUAGCCAUUUUUAUAGAUAUGGCUUCCUCGAAACCAUUUCUGAGGUCAACACACCAGCUGUAGCCUCCUGCUAACCUGGGUUUCUUUAAGGAGACUGGGUAACGGUUUUAGAAAAUCGAGUUUUGCAUAAUAGACUAAGAAAACAGCAAUAAACUUUUUUUUUCAGCAGUUACAGGUGGCCGUUCUAAAACUCAGUAUCUUCUUCUAAGCAGGGACUCUUCCAGGGUUCUGCAUCCGUUGUCGUUGUCUAUAUAGCUGAGGAUGAGCGUGUGAAGUAAAACAAAAUAAUUGUUUAAUACCGAAAAACACAAAGGUAAAAAAUCACUGUCCCAAUUUUUGAUACUUUGUAACAAAACCUUAAGUCUCGUGGCAUAAAACUAGUCAUUUAUUAUUGCGUCUCAGGGCUCUGGGCUUGACUGGGCGGUUCUCAUUCAGGGUGUUUCAUGGUGGUUGCAGGCAGGUGGUGGCUAGAUCUCAUGGGGUUUGUUGGUCAGAAAAUCCACAUGCGGCUGACUCCAUAUGGCCUGGGCUUCCUUACAACAUGGAGGCUGGUUUCCAAGGCUGAGGGUUCCAAGGGUGAGAGUUCCAAGUGCAAGUGCCAGGUAGAAGCUGCACUGCCUUUUAUGAUCUGGCCUGGGAAGUCACACAGUGUUACUUCUGCUGCAUUCUAUUAAGAAUAGAGAACACCCCUUCCCAGAGUAUGACCUUUACCCACAUCUGGGAGUUCUGUCAUGUUAAUAAGUGCAGAACUUCCCAACCUUAUUUCCCUCCUCAAUCACUUGUGUCCACCUGAUCUGUCAGUGCCCAGUGGGAGGGGCUACACUUCCUGUUAGCAGUACUUUUAGUUUUUCCUUCCAUUUACUAUAGAGCCCUGGUGGUGCAGUGGUUAAGAGCUCGGCUGCUAACCAAAAGGUCAGCAGUUUGAAUCCACCAGUUACUCUUUGGAAACCCUAUGGGGCAGUUCUACUCCGUCCUAUAAGUUCCCUAUGAGUCGGAAUCGAGUCAGCGGUAACAGGUUUGGGUUAUUUUUUUGCUUGUUUGUUUCCAUUUACCAUAAGAUUAUUAAUAAUAAAUUUUGAUUCUUAUAAAGGUAAAAUGUUUUCCUUGAAUUCACUCUUGUCAGCUUAUAAAAUCAGCCUCUGACUUCCCAAAAAAGAAUAAAAUCCAACCUAUGAUCAGUGGGAGGGGACUUAGACUCCACUUCUAGAUGGGAGGAGUGCCAAGAAUUUGCAGACACAUUUUUAAACCAUGACGAUCACAUUUAACCCAGUUACUUGUAAAAGCAAUUAUAUAAAAAAAUGACUGUGUCUCUUACUCUUCCAGCCUCACUCCCAUGGAUAUUGAUGUUAACUUUGUGUAUACAUAACUGUGUAUAUACACAUACGUGCAUAACAAGAUGUGAUUUUUAUCAUUUUUAUUUUCUUUUACUGCUUUUUAUUGCUUUGUAGUAAGUUUUGAAAUGAGGAUGUGUGAGUCCUUGAGGCUACUUCAUUCUUCUUUUUCAGGAUUAUCUUGGCUAUUCUAGGUUCCUUGCAAUUCCAUAUGAAUUUUAGAAUCGGCUGAGAUUCUGAUAGGGCUUACGUCGAAUCUGCAGAUCAGUUUAGAGAGUAUUGCCAUCUUAACAAUGUUAAAUCUUCCAGUCCAUGAACAGGGGGUAUUUUUCCAUUUAUUUAGACCUUUAAUUUCUUUCAGCAGUAUUUUAUA